AUGGGUUCGACUGGAGAUCUUCCCUCGGCCCUUGGGCUAACUGGAAUCAGCCCGGAUAAGCCUCGAGUUUAUGUCGAUGCAUUUCUUCUACAAAAUCCUGAGAUUGACUAUGUGCGGUUUCAGUGGGUGGACUACUCAGGCAUUCUACGUGCUCGGGUGGUCACCAUGGAUUAUUUUCAGUCAAUAGUGACCAGCAAUAAGCCUCUGAGGUGUGGCCAGAUUACUUUGAGCUGUCUCCCCGAUGAGAGUCGCGUCCCAUUUGAGGCAUCCUCUGCCCACCUGCUAUACCCAGACUGGUCCUCCCUUCGGACCCUCUCCAACUGCAUGGACAAGGAGGGUCCCAAUUACGCCUCAGUAAUGUGCUCCAUUAUCGAGGAAAACCCUGGGAUUAUGUCCAACCCCAACCUGUGUCCUCGAAUUGCUCUAAAGAAUGUUGUUUCUCGAGGCAAAAAGGAGCGCCAGUUGGACUUCCUCAUCGGCUUUGAAAUCGAGUUUGUCGUUCUACAGUCCGCCUCAGAUGGCGCCCUAAUCCCAUUUUCGUCGCAUCCAGGGACCUAUUCGGCUGCCGGGCUACGCGCUCCCUCUUACAAGUACCUAGAGGAGUGCGUAAAGAAUCUCUCCCAUUCUGGGAUUCCAGUCCGGGAGUUCCACGUGGAAGGAAACAUUGGUCAAUACGAGAUCACCCUAGCUGCCCGGCCUCCACUUGAAGCUGUCGAUGACCUCGUGGCCGCUCACGACAUCAUCAGAUGCACAUUCGCGGGCCACGGCUAUACAGCCACAAUGUCCCCCAAGCCUGUGGAAAACCGAUCUGCGAAUGGCUCCCACAUCCAUGUUUCUAUUCACCCUCCCCGCAAUCAAGAAGCUUUCCUUGCCGGUGUUCUUCAGCGCCUUCCUGCCAUCUGUGCCUUUUCCAUGCCCUCCAUUAGCUCUUACCGCCGCUGUGGAGAUUUCCAGGCAGGGACACAAGUAAGUUGGGGGACGCAAAACCGCCAGACACCUGUUCGCAAGCUUGGCGAUGGGUACUGGGAGGUUCGAUGCGCCGAUGCCACCGCAAAUAUGUAUCUGGCCGUUGCGGCUAUUCUAGGAGCAGGACUCUUGGGAAGUCGGAACGAGGAGCCUCUUCAUUGGGAAGAUAUGUCGUAUUCUUCUGGGUCCAAAAUUGCCUAUGAGGAGCUGCCGCGGACGAUUACUCACUCACUGGAUUCCCUUGAAGGAAAAUCUGAUGAUUUUGUGGAAAUCCUUAGCAGUAAGGUUGCGUCCAGGUAUUUAUAUGUGAAACGGAAUGAGGUGCAGGCUUUAGAGGGGCUUGACUCAUAUGGACUUAGCCAGCUUUUGUCCAAAGUAUUCUAG